UCCCUUGGAAGCUCUCUAUGACCCGGACGCCCGUGCGCGGUGGAGCUCGGGGGAGUGGCUCCUUUCCUCGGGUGUUUUCCUGCCUCCAUCGUGGGGCCAGCCAGCGGAUGGGAUGCGGUGAGAGAAGGUGGCAAUGGAGAUCAACGGGCUUCCGCUGGAGCUCUGGCGCCUGAUACUGUCUUACUUGCGCCUUCCUGAUCUCGGCCGGUGCAGCUUGGUGUGCAGGGCCUGGUACGAGCUCAUCCUCAGCCUGGACAACACACGAUGGCGGCAACUGUGCCUUGGUUGCAUUGAGUGCCGUCACCCAAACUGGCCCAAUCAGCCAGACGUUGAGCCUUGGUCCUGGAGGGAAGCCUUCAAGCAACAUUAUCUAGCCUCGAAAACCUGGACCAAAAACAGCCAAGACUUUGAGUCCUCCAACUGCUUCUACUUGUUCAGGAGGAAAAAGGACCGCCGUGUCCUUUCCGUGGGGCCUGGUUGUGAGUUUGACAACCUAAGGAGUGCCUUGCUCUCCGCGAGCGCUUACGACAGAAUCGUGCUCUUGCCGGGAGUGUAUGAGGAGCAGAGUGAGAUUUUCCUCAAGGCCCCGGUGGAAAUUAUGGGGAAGGGAAAGCUCGGCGACGUGGCCCUCCUGGUGAGCUUUGACCAGCACUGUCCCACCAUGAGGUUGUGCAAUUUGAUCUUCAUGCCAGCUUGGUUCACACCUGUUGUCUAUAAGACAACUUCCGGUCACGUCCAGUUUGACAACUGCAACUUUGAGAACAGUCAGCUGCAGAUUCAUGCCCCAGGAACCUGCCAGGUCAAAUUCUGCACCUUCAACCAGUCCAGCAUCAAUGUCCACAGUGUGGCCAUUUGCCUCCUGGAAAACUGUGAAUUUGUCGGGAGUGAAAAUGCCUCUGUGACGGUAGAAGGCUGCCCAUCUUUGGACAGGAACUGGGCCUGCAAACACUUGUCCAUGUUGGCAAAGUCGCGUUCUGUGUUGCUGCAGACUUCAGAGGCACCGUUUUGUAACAUGACGAAGUUGGAAAGCCAGGGACACCUGCAGAUAAGGAACACGAGGACCUGUGAGAUUGUGGUGGGCGAGGACCUGGGUAAUAUAUUCCCUGCUUCACAGAUUCAAGGGAUACCAAAGAGAGGAUGUGAGAAGGAGAGUGAUGUUACUGGGAAUCCUAGUGUGGCGCACAAGGAGGAAGCGGUGACGAUAGAUACAGAUUCCAGUGACAGCGAACUGAGCAUAAGCAGCGAGAAUGAGGAUGACGAUGAGUCAGUCUACAAACUGCCUUACCAGGCUCAUAGCCUGAGUCACAUGUUGGCCAAAGUUAUUCAUGGCAGGUUGCAAACCAACGGGUUAACAGCCCUCCAAAAUGACUAUGAGCUGAAAACACUGCCUCAGGAGCUGCAGAAAGACAAGGAGGCUCAGUCACUUGCCAGCUCAGUGCAAGGGUGCCUCAUUCAGAAGUGCCUUUUCAGAGAUGGGAAGGGAGGCGUCUUUGUUUGCUCCCAGGGACAAGCCAGAGUGGAGGGGAGCAUCUUCAGGAACCUGACCUAUGCAAUGCGAUGCAUACAAAACAGUAAGAUCAUAAUGCUGAAGAAUGACAUUCAUCAUUGCAAGACCUCAGGGAUAUUUCUGCGCCUUGGUGCAGGGGGCUUGAUUGCAGAAAAUAACAUUCAUUCCAACUGCGAAGCUGGUGUGGACAUCCGGAAAGGAGCCAACCCUCUGAUCCUGUGUAAUCGGAUCCACAGUGGCCUUCGCUCCGGCAUCGUUGUCCUUGGCAACGGAAAAGGCGUCAUCCGUAGCAAUCAAAUAUAUGGAAAUAAGGAGGCUGGCAUUUACAUUCUGUAUAACGGCAACCCUCUGGUAAGUGGAAACCACAUCUUCCAGGGUUUGGCUGCUGGCAUAGCUGUGAAUGAAAACGGACGAGGCCAAAUAACAGAAAACGUCAUCCGAGAGAACCAGUGGGGAGGUGCUGACAUCCGCCGCGGAGGUGAUCCAGUCCUCAGAAGCAAUCUAAUUUGCUGCGGCUAUUCAGAUGGAGUGGUGGUUGGAGAACGUGGGAAAGGACUCAUUGAUGGAAACACAAUUUAUGGCAACAAGGGCUGUGGUGUCUGGGUGAUGUCCUCCAGCCUCCCUCACAUCACAAACAACCAAAUAGGGCACAACAGCAUCUACGGGAUUGCAGUGUUUUGCCACAAGGAUGAUGCCAACGAUUACCUUGCCAACCAAGGGGGAAAUGAGAAUUUCAAUGAUGAGGGAGAAGCAGCCAACUGGGAGAACGACCUUGACAGCGAAGAUGAACGCCUGACUUCCCGGAGGCCCAUCAGUGUGGCUCUUGUGGAGUCGAACAACAUCAACCACAAUGGAGCUGCUGGUUUGUAUGUGAAGAGCAGUGAGGCCCUGAACGUAAUUGGAAAUGCCAUCCAUGCAAACCACGACUGUGGUGUAGCUGUGUUUCAGAGCUCUCAGCUCACGCGGAUCGCAAGCAACAGCGUCUCUUGCAACAGCCUCGGUGGUGUCCUUGUAGAGGCCGACUGCAGGGUGGAACUGCGUGGCAAUGGCAUUUACGACAACAGUAGCCACGGAGUCACCUCCAAGGGUGAUGGGCUCAUCACGGAGAAUGACAUCCUCGGGAACCAGGGCUGCGGCCUCAAGCUGUGCCAGUCAGCUGACAUGAAGGUCUCCAAGAAUAGAAUCCACUCCUUUCGAGGUUAUGGGAUUGAGAUGCUUGACCAGACCAAAGCUUUGGUGCAAGACAAUCUGAUUUUUCAAGGGAAGUCCAAAAAAAACAUUUUACAGCAGGCAUCCAGCACUGAAGGCUGCAUCCUUCAAAACAACAAACUCCUUGCAUUCAAGAAAAGAUCUGAUGUUGCUUGGACCCUGGAGAACCCUCCAGCAAGACCUCACAUUGAAGGAUCCUCACGCGGCAUGUCUACUUCUGGGAACAGUCAGAAAGGCUCAAACAUGACAGCCAGGAUAGCCGCCAGAGUGGAAGGAGGCUGCCAUAACAAUGGCAGCAUCUUUUGCACAAUUCUGUGACGUGUGUGCAUUUCAAAUGGCCUCAGAGCUGGAAACUUUCUAACACCUAUUCAUGGUAUAAACAAAGAAUCUAUACUGGGAUAGUUUUUGACUUCCUGCUACAAGAGUGGUGUAGUGGAUUGAGUGUUUGGCUAUGACUGCAGACCAGGGUUCAAAUCCCCACUCAGCCACGAAACCCACUGGGUGACCUUGGGCAAGCCAUACUCACUCAAAGGAAGGCAAAGGUUUCUGAUAACUCUUGCCAAGAAAACACCUUAGGUUAUUGCCAGAGGUUGGACAUGACUUGGAGGCACGUAACAACAGCAUACAAGAGCCCCCAUCUUUGGAGAGCUUGUGGGCCUAUUCGAAAUUUCAAGGCACUGUGUCGUGGCAGCCAUGGGUGACUUCAUCUCUUCACAGAAUGCUGAUCUAACUACUUCCAAUUCCUAAGCAGAAGAUUCCAAUUCCUAAGCAAAAGGAACUUGACUGAGAAACUUAGAAGGAAGGAUCUAAAUCUAAAAA